UGAACUUGACUCAUCAUUAGUCGCUCAUCCAUCAGGGGUCGAAUAACCUGCGUUUGGGCGCAGGAAAAGCGUGACUGGGGCAUAAGAAGAUAAAAUCUCAGAUAUUCAACAACAAGGAAAUAAAUAAAUCAGAAUGGAGGAAUAUGCAAGAGAGCCCUGUCCCUGGCGCAUCGUUGACGACUGCGGAGGAGCAUUCACAAUGGGCGCAAUCGGGGGUGGAGUAUUUCAAAGUAUAAAAGGAUUCCGUAAUGCCCCAAGUGGGAUCAACAAACGUCUCCUAGGCUCCCUGAUGGCCAUCAAACAGCGCUCCCCCAUCAUCGCCGGAAACUUCGCCGUCUGGGGUGGCAUGUUCUCGACAAUCGACUGCACACUCGUUCACUUCAGACAAAAGGAAGACCCCUGGAACUCGAUAAUCAGUGGAGCUGCCACUGGUGGAAUCCUGGCUGCUAGGAACGGACUGCCUGCUAUGGCUGGCAGUGCCAUCAUCGGGGGUAUGCUCCUUGCCCUCAUCGAAGGCGUUGGCAUCCUAUUCACGAGGUUAUCUGCUGAACAGUUCAAACCACCCACGUUCGACGUAAACGACCCUUCGCAACUAGGACCCCCUCCUCAAGGCUAUUCCUCGUAAUGAUGACGGGAAAUUUUUUCUGUUGGUGGAGUCAACACGACAAUUGCUAGAGUUUAAUCCAAUUUUAGAUCAUUCUGAUGUUCCGUCUGAGCCUCAAUAAAAAUCCUCACUCAUUUAUAGGUAGUGUUACGUUCGUUGUACAGUUAAGGACCGAAAUAAUAAUUGUAAUGUUUAAGGAUAAAA